AUAAUGUUAUACUGAUGCUCAAUCGGAGGAUUUUUGGUUGUUCGCAGGUAAGCAACCCUUCCAUACAAUUCAUGCUAUAUGAGACCAUGCUGAAGCAGCUGAAGGAAAGAUGCACCUUGAGUAAGAAAGCCAUAAAAGGAGUGACUGCGUUGGAGGUAUUUCUUCUUGGAGCUGUUGCUAAACUUGGGGCGACUAUUGUGACUUAUCCCCUGCUUGUUGUGAAGAUUUCUUCCUAUCGUGGUUUUGCUGGAAUAUGACUUUCUUUUGAACUUUCCUUGACGUGUUGAGCAACUACUACUGCAUGCUUAAUUUCUUUAACCAUUAUGCAAUACAUGAGCUGUGUUAAGUGAGUUGUCUACACAUCUAAACACCAUCUUAAGGAACUUAGAUUUUGCUAUUGUCUACACAUUCAAUUUGUGGCUAUAACAUAUUAUGU